AUGGACACGGACGAUGAUGAGUUUGUGCCUGAUUCCGAGGUGGUGAGCGACGACGAUGAAGGCGAGCUGCCACCAACUCACCAAAGCGGGCACGACAAGACAUGCCCAAGCCGGGUUGGCCUCAGCACUGUGCGUCGGAAGUAUGCAAUGCUCAACAAGCUGUUGCAAGAGCACGGCAUAGAUGGCCUUAAGACACUUUCUGUUGAGAACCGCCGUGGGAAGGCGACACAGCUGCCGACACGUGUGCCCACGACAAAACGUGUGCUCAGGCAGGUUCGCGAUCACGUGCGCAUGCAGAGAGAAGGUGGACACCGCAUCACGGCCGUACAGGUGCUUGACUUCCUACGCAAGCACAGGCAUGUGGACGUACGACCUUCGUUUGCUGGCGAUGGUGACGACGAACUGGACAGGGCGGCGGCUCUGCGGGCAGUGCAGCGGUUUCUUCGUCGUGCGGGCUACCUUCGCGGCAACAAGCACGUUGUUCAAGAGAACCCGAGGCACAAGCAGCUGCUGGCGAAGUAUCUGAAGGAGUUUGAUGCAAACAGGAGGUUGCCACCUGACGAGCGCCUCAGAGACCUGACGAGCGCCUCAGAGAGGUGUGUGUAUCUCGAUGAAUCAUACAUUGACAGGAACUACAACAGGAACAGAGACUCCCUGCACGAGCUGGAUCUUCGACCCUGGCAGCGCACUGCAGCGUGA